UUUAGUUAACAAUAUACAUACACGGUAUAGUCGCCGCCUCCUUUUAGGUUACACGAACAAGUUCGAGAGCUUUUGCCGCCGAUCUCACUCACCCUUCUUCGUUAGCCCGGCACCAUGCCACCGAAGCAGAAGAAUGAACUUUACAAGGAGAGUGCGCGGAAGAAGGAUGUUCGCACGACCAACAUAGAGGCAGCUAAAGCUGUUGCAGAUGCAGUUCGAACUAGCUUGGGGCCGCGUGGUAUGGACAAGAUGGUGGCUGCGCCAAACGGGGAGGUGAUCAUCACUAACGACGGCGCCACUAUCCUGCAAAAGAUGACCGUGACGCAACCAGCUGCCAAGAUGCUGGUGGAGCUAUCAAAGUCGCAGGACGUGGUAGCUGGAGAUGGCACGACAUCUGUGGUGGUCAUCUGCGGUGCGCUGCUUAAAAAGUGCCAGGAGCUGUUGGAGAAGGGCGUGCACCCCACCAUCAUCUCCGACUCCUUCAGCAAGGCCGCAGCAAAGGCCUGCGAGAUCCUGGAGUCCAUAGCAAUCCCGGUGGACAUGGAUGACCGCGAGGCGCUCAUCCGGGCCGCAAACACCUCUCUGUCCUCCAAGGUGGUGUCGCAGUACUCCUCGCUGCUGUCGCCCAUGGCGGUGGAUGCGGUGCUGCGGGUGAUGGACCCCGCGCGACCCAACAUGCUGGACCUGCGGGACAUCAAGAUCGUGGCCAAGGUGGGCGGCACCAUCGAUGACUCGGAGAUGGUGGACGGCAUGGUGUUCGACCAAAAGGCCGCCAAGUCCGCUGGCGGCCCCACCCGCAUGGAGGACGCCAAGAUCGGGCUGAUCCAGUUCCAGAUCUCACCGCCCAAGACCGACAUCGAAAACAACGUCAUCGUGUCGGACUACAACCAGAUGGACCGCGUGUACAAGGAGGAGCGCAACUACAUCCUGUCGGUGGUGAAGAAGGUGAAGGCCAGCGGCUGCAACGUGCUGCUCAUCCAGAAGAGCAUCCUGCGGGACGCGGUGACGGACCUGGCGCUGCACUACCUGGCCAAGGCCAAGAUCAUGGUUGUUCGCGACAUUGAGCGCGACGAGAUCGAGCUCAUCUCCAAGACGCUGGGUUGCCUGCCCAUCGCACAUGUGGACCAUAUGAAGCCGGAGAAGCUGGGCGCGGCGGCGCUGGUGGAGGAGGUGGAGGUUGGCAAGGGCCGUGUGGUGAAGAUCACGGGUAUCGCCAACAAGGGGCGCACGGCCACUGUGCUGCUGCGGGGGAGUAACAAGAUGGUGCUGGAGGAGGCCGACCGCUCGCUCCACGACGCGCUGUGUGUGAUCCGCUGCUUGGUGAGCAAGCGCUUCCUGCUGGCGGGCGGCUCCAGUCCCGAGGUGGAGGUGUCCAUGCAGCUGGCGCAGUGGAGCAAGACGCUGCAGGGCAUGGAGUCCUUCUGCGUGCGUGCCUUCGCCGAGGCGCUGGAGGUGGUGCCGUACACGCUGAGCGAGAACGCGGGGCUCAACCCCAUCAACAUCGUGACGGAGCUGCGGCGGCUGCAUGCGGCGGGGGAGAAGUACGCGGGCAUCAACGUGAAGAAGGGCAACAUCACCAACAUGCUGGAGGGCAAUGUGGUGCAGCCGCUGCUGGUGACCAGCAGCGCGCUCACGCUGGCCACCGAGUGCGUGCGCAUGAUCCUCAAGAUUGACGACAUCGUGCCCACUAGGUAACGGGCUGGGGGGUGUGGUGACGUGACGUGGUUAGGAGGAGGGGAGAGGAGGAGGCUGGAGAGGGGGGAGAAGGUGGUGGGGAGGCGAGCCAAGGAUAGGAUAGGGAGGAAGCAGGGAGCAAGGCAGGGGAGGAUUAAGGGCCCCAAUCGGACAUAUCGGAGGUGUUCGAUGAAGGAUGUGGAGGCCAGGCGGCUGACAUGAGCGUGUUGGCUGUGGGCUGUUGGUACAUGUGUGUGUUGGGCGCGCGGCGUUGUUAUCGAGAGGCAGGUGAGGCGUUACAGUAAGCACGCGGCACGGUGCCUGGCGCAGCGCAUAGAUCAGUACGCGGAUUAGAUGCUUGGGGGGAAGGUCAUGAGGGGCACUGGAUGCCGCAGCGGAAGCAGCAGGAUGACGCAGCCUAAGCUGGGAAGAAGAG